AAUAAGAAGUGGGUGCUCCCAGCAUGUCGCCUCCUGUUGCUGCCCCUCACUGUAGGGGUCUGCUGUCGACCUUUCAGUAUACUCACGUGAGCGUUAACAGCCGCGCCACUACGCCGUGACUCGCUUCGCGCUGCCCGGGGCUUUUUGUCACCGUAGCGGCCUGUCCUGUCCUGAAAAGCAAAGUAGGAGGGUUUCCUGAUCAUUCUUUUUUUCCACGCUCUUUAGCAACUUGCCACCGCAGGAGGUACUUGAUAGUGGAGUUUAGUAGUAAUAGUGCUUGUUGGUGGUUUGUUCCGGGAUAGCAGUUUGAAGACAGGGCGCAACAGAUGUUUGUGGACAUGCGGCCAGCAGAGGAAUGAGAACAGCGAGGCACCGGCGGCCCUUCCAGCGGUUCUGCUGCUGCGGAGUCGGGCUGCUCGCCGUCUUGUGGCUCGCUCAGGUCGUCCGCUCACCAGCAGAGGCUCCUGGGUGUGAGCCAGGCGCGUCGCGACGGACACGCGGCCUCAUGCAGAUGACUGACAACCAGACUGUGGAAGAACAUCGAGCAGCCAUCCAUGAGUUUCCAGAAGACAUCUUCACCAAGGAGCAGAGGAAAAAUGGAGCAGUAUUACUUCAUGUCCUCUGUGCCAUCUACAUGUUCUACGCUUUGGCCAUUGUCUGCGACGACUACUUUGUUCCUUCCCUCGAGAAAAUAUCUGAGAAUCUACAGCUGAGUGAGGAUGUUGCCGGGGCAACGUUCAUGGCAGCAGGAAGCUCUGCUCCGGAGCUCUUCACCUCGCUCAUUGGCGUCUUCAUCACUAAAGGAGACGUCGGCGUGGGCACCAUUGUCGGCUCGGCCGUCUUCAACAUCCUGGUCAUCAUUGGCCUGAGCGGCAUCUUUGCAGGCCAGACGGUGAAGCUGACGUGGUGGUCGUUGUUUCGAGACUCCUCCUAUUACAUCCUAGCAGUGCUGGCACUCAUUGGGGUAAUUUAUGAUGCUGUGGUCCUCUGGUGGGAGUCCUUACUCCUCAUGACCAUGUACGCCGUCUACAUUGUCAUCAUGAAGUUCAACACUCGCCUUCUGACAUUUGUGACGCGGCGGUUCCGGCACGCCGGGCCAUGUUGCGUCGUGUCGGAUGACGGCAGAGAGGACAAAAUAGCAGAUGACGCGCCGGCCGGCCGCACUGCCUUGGCCCUCUUAAACAAAGCUCAAGUCCAUCAUGAGGAGAGCACCCCAGUUAUCAUGGUGGAUGAACUUCUCAUCCUCAGUCCUCACAAACUCUCCUUCUCUGAAGCCGGCCUGCGCAUUAUGAUCACGCCACACUUCUCGCCUCGCACGAGACUCUCCAUGGCGGGACGUGUGCUAAUCAGCGAGAGGCAGAGGCUUAUCCGGAGUUCCGCUAACUCUCGGGGCAGCGGGGCCAGCCCGGGUUCCGCCCAUAGCCUGAAGAGGACGGGCUCCUGCGCUUUGGAAAACGGGGACGGCUUGGGACACGGUGAUUCCGGAGACAAACCGGAAGCGGACGAAGAUGACGACGGCGGCUUCAACCCCUUGCGCGUUCCAGCCGGCUGCUCCGCAAGGGUCAAGUGGCUCGUUACGUGGCCGCUGGGUCUUCUGCUUUACUGCACGGUGCCCAACUGUGUCGUCCCGCGAUGGCACCGCUGGUUCAUGGUCACUUUUGUGGCCUCCACGCUGUGGAUCGCAGUCUUUUCCUACCUCAUGGUGUGGAUGGUCACCAUUGUGAGCUUCACCUUAGACAUCCCCGACUACAUUAUGGGAAUCACCUUCCUGGCAGCCGGCACCAGCGUGCCCGACUGCAUGGCCAGCCUCAUCGUCGCCAGACAAGGCAUGGGGGACAUGGCCGUAUCCAACUCCAUCGGCAGCAACAUCUUUGACAUCCUGCUCGGUUUGGGUUUCCCGUGGGCUUUACGGACCCUCGUGGUAGACCACGGCUCAUCCGUGUCCAUCAACAACAAAGGGCUGGUUUAUUCUGUCGUCCUGCUGCUGGCCUCUGUAUUCCUCACUGUGACGAGCGUUCAUCUGAAUCGCUGGAGGCUGGAUCGCCGCCUGGGUUUGGGCCUCUUGUUCCUCUACGCGAUUUUCCUGCUCUGCUCCAUCCUCUUUGGGCACAUGUGAUGUCAAAUGGUAGUCGCCUCCCACCAUCUUUUUUACUCAAGCCAAGAGAGCUUAACGUGGAGUCUUUUAACAACUGCACUUUUCAAGAAUUUGAUUUCUUACAGUUCGACAACAGCUAUUUCUCCCAUUUUUUGUUCCUCACUCUGAGCUAAACAAAAAAACAAGCAUACAGUAUUUAUUGUUUGUUGUAGUCUAUAAUUGAGUGUAAUAUUUUACAUGCUGAAUGUGUCAGGAUGGAAACGGACAUUACCAGCCUGUCAACUCGUAUUGGUACAAAUUACGAGAAUAUACGGCAAGAGAUUGCCGUAUGAGUGUUUAGAGGCGAUGAAAACUUUCAAAUAUAUGAUAUAAAUAUUUAAACUUCUGCGAAGUGGGCCCGCCAUCAGAUCAAAUUGAUAUAAAACUGUCAAUCGUUUGUUCUACAAAAAGUUUUGUUUGUGCUAUCGUUUGAGAUAUUUACAAUUCUUUUAUAGGCCAAACCGAGGUCAACCAGGCCCCCAUUUUCAUCCAAAUUUUAUUCGACUUUUAAUUUAUAGUGAUGACAUCAGGCAGCCCCCCAAUCUACAGUGGAAUGGAACCGCAAUGGUACCGUUUGUUUGUGCUGCUAUGGAUUUGUAGAUAUUACACUUUUUUUUGUUUCUUUUUACUGAUGACGUUAAAGUGGAAGUUCAGGAUUUUUGACAUUAUGCUUAAUCUUCGUUUAUAAUUAGGUUGUGGAGUUGAUAUAAAAAAACUCAGUUUAAUUUAUUAGUUUUUUAUUUACAGGGCUCCAAAGUGACUAACUAACGCAAGUCAACAGUCCCCUCCUAGCAUGCAAGCAAUAAAAAGUGAUAGUCAAAUAAAUUCAAAAUGCAGCUCAAUGUUCAAAAAUCCCAUGCAGCCAAAACAAUGUCGCACCAAAUAUAUUAACACUAGAAAACCCAGCAGGGGGCGACUUGGCCUUUCCCAAGACAAACACUCCUAAUAUUCCCUAGCAAUUGCCAAUUUGGCCUCUCCUCCGUGACUCAUGUGAUAGUUUGUGUCAGUUCAAUUCAAGCUACAUUUAUUUAAUUACAUUUACUUAUGAAAUUUGACACUUUUUACACAUUUUUUAAUUGACUUCUCCUAUACUCCACACAUAACGACAGAAAGAAUGGCCCAAAUGUGUACAUUGUUUUGAAGAAGAAAAAAAAGUGUUUUAGAACUGCAAUUUGAGUGUAAAGCAGGAAUUGUGUCCAUAGUUUAGAAGGACUGAAUCAGGGACAUGGAGAAUAGAUUGUGGUCAUUGUGUCUGAAGUUAAUGUAUGUCUAGUGGUUGCAUUUCCCUAUGAACGGCUGUUGUCUGUCCAAAAACGACUUGCCAAUUCAAAAGCACUUGGGUCAUUUUUGCCACCUCUGGGUUUUCCGGGGGAGAGGCCAUAUCGGCCAUUGUUUGGGACUAGUAGGAGUACCAGAAUUCUCUGGGACUUCUAGUGUUAACAAAAAAAAAAAUCAGAGUGCUGAAAAGACCAAUGUGAUAUCCCUCCACCCUGCUUGACCAUGCAGCCUGUUAACUGCAAAGCAGCUGAAUUACUAAUGUUGCUGUUCAUACUGCAGUUAUUGACAUGCAAUGGUAAGCUUCAAUAACUUUAUCCUGAAAACACUACUGAUUGAAUGCGUAAUCGUUUAUUUUUUGCUGUGUGCAUAUUUUGUUUUAUUGGCAUGCUAGGAGGCGACUAUUGACUUGCGUUAGCUUAGCCACUCCAAAAGCGCUGAAAAUAAUAAAAAACUAAUAAACUGCACAUUUUUUUUUUUUUUAAUCAACUCCAUUGACUAAUUAACACCCCCUCCCCCCCCCCAAAUCGAAGACUAAGCCUGAUGUCAAAAAUUCCGAACUUCCCCUUUAACACCACAAAGUUUUAGUAAUCUAUGCCAGGUGUCUCCAAACAAUUCCACAUAGGGCGGCAGUGGGUGCUGGAUUUCAUUCCAACAAAAUAAGGGCCCGUUUACAUGGUGAAGCUCCAAGAAUACGACAAAUUUCAUAUUUGCUAGCGCUGCAGCUAUCGAAUAUUUUAGUAAUCGAGUAAGCGGAUAAAACAUUUUUUUUUGUAGGUAAAGAGCAAUUAUAUAGAUGAGAAAACAAGACAUUUCAUCUAAUAUUGAACCAUUUUCAAUCAAUGUCUUUAUUUUCAAUGUACAUUGUUGAAAACAGCCAACAACCUAAUUGCAUCUCAAAGUGACUAAAAAAAGGACUAGUUCACUGUUUUCACUUAAAAAAACUUAGAUCUUAUAAAAUAUUUCUUACCUAUAAAUGUCAUUACGCUUGAUAAUACACAUCACUUAAAAGUUACAGUGGGGAGAACACGUAUUUGAUACACUGCCGAUUUUGCUGGUUUUCCCAUAUGCAAGCCAUGUAGAGGUCUGUAAUUUGUAUCAUAAGUUCUCUUCAACUGUGAGGGAUGGAAUGUAAUACAAAAAUCCAGAAAAUCACAUUGUAUAAUUUUUAAAUAAUAAAUUUGUAUUUAACUGCAUGAAAUAAGUAUUUGAUACAUUACCAACUAGUAAAUAUUUCGGCUCUUAGAACCCCUCCUGUUCUCCACUCAUUACCGGAAGUAAUGGCACCUGUUUGAACUUGUUACCUGUAUAAAAGACACCUGUUCACAUGUUCAGACAAACAAACUCCAACCUCUCCACAAUGGCCAAGACCAAAGAGCUGUGUAACGACAUCAGGGAUAAAAUAAUAGACCUGCACAAGGCUGGGAUGGGCUACAGGAAAAUAAGCAAGCAGCUUGGUGAGAAGGUAACAACUGUUGGAGCGAUUAUUAGAAAAUGGAAGAAGUUCAAGCUGACGGUCAAUCUGCCUCGUUCUGGGGCUCCAUGCAAGAUCUCACCUCGUGGGGCAUCACUGAUCAUGAGGAAGGUGAGGGAUCAGUCCAGAACUACACGGCAGGACCUGGUCAAUGACCUGAAGAGAGCUGGAACCACAGUCUCGAAGAAAACCAUCGGAAACGCAUUACGCCGUCAUGGAUUAAAAUCCUACAGCGCAUGCAAGGUCCCCCUGCUGAAGCCAGUGCAUGUCCAGCCACGUCUGAAGUUUGCCACUGACCAUCUGGAUGAUCCAGAGCAACAGGAGAAGGUCAUGUGGUCGGAUGAGACCAAAAAUGAACUUUUUGGUCUAAACUCGGCUCGUCAUGUUUGGAGGAAAAAGAAGGAUGAGUACAACCCCAAGAACACCAUCCCAACCGUGAAACAUGGAGGUGGAAACAUCAUUUUUUUGGGGCUGCUUCUCUGCCAAGGGUACAGGACGACUGCACCGUAUUGAGGGGAAGAUGGGUGGGGCUAUGUAUCGCCAGAUCUUGGCUGACAACCUCCUUCCUUCAGUGAGAGCCCUGAAGAUGGGUCGUGGCUGGGUCUUCCAGCAUGACAACGACCCAAAGCACACAGCCAAGGCAAUUAAAGAGUGGCUCCGUAAGAAGCAUCUUAAGGUCCUGGAGGGGCCUAGCCGCAUCUUUCGUGGCACGCCAGACCCACUUAGAGUGUUUGUUGAAGCCAGUUGAAGCCUGGGACCGUGUGCUUUGGUCAGAUGAGACCAACAUUGAGCUUUUUGGCAACAAACACUAAGUGGGUCUGGCGUGCCACGAAAGAUGUGCAUGCUGAAAAGCACCUCAUACCCACUGUGAAGUAUGGGGGUGGGUCAGUGAUGCUGUGGGGUUGUUUCGCUUCCAAAGGUCCUGGGAACCUUGUUAGGGUGCGUGGCAUCAUGAAUGCUUUGAAAUACCAAGACAUUUUAUAUCAAAAUCUGUUGCCCUCUGCCCGAAAGCUGAAGAUGGGUCUGGGUCUUUCAGCAAGACAAUGACCCUAAACAUAUGGCCAAAUCUACACAGAAAUGGUUCACCAGACACAAAAUCAAGCUCCUCCCAUGGCCAUCUCAGUCCCCAGACCUUGUUUUGUUGGCAAAAGGGGGCUGUACAAAGUAUUAACACCAGUAGUGCUAAUAAUUGUGACACACAUUAUUUGAUGUCAAAUAACUAUUUCUUUAUGUGGGAUUUUUUCCCCACUGAAUAAAUGCACUUGUAUUGAAGGUUGGAUUUUUCUCUUUUUCUCCAUUAAGGUACCAUAUUAUUUGAAUAAAAAAAAAUUAUUAGACGCUAAAAAAACGCAUCUUAACCAGGGGUGCUAAUAAUUAUGGAGGGCACUGCAUGUGAUUUCAACUUUACGACGCUUGUCUCAUUUUUUUUUUUUUUUUUUAAUGUUGACUUUUGUUUCGUGAUGCAUGCUUUUAUUUUGAUGCAGGAAGAGUAGAACAGGUUGUACUUCCGCACGCGAGAGCAUUUACACACCACCCAUCCCACACAUUGUGAUUGUUUUUGAUGAUGUGCGGACGCUAACUGAUACAUGCUAAGCGUUUGUUAUUGCUGUAACAGCAGCUACUUGUAAACGCAAAUUUGAAUCGUUGUUAUUGAAGAUGAGACUGAUUUAUUUCAUUUUAGUUUCAUUCUGCAAUUGUUUAUGUCAUGAGCAGCUGAAUAAAGUCAGCAAACCACACGGACGUCUGACAUCAUCAUUUCGAAGCUUAGCUCGCUGUCUAGAUAGCACUUGGCGAGGACAGUGCAGUGACGUAUAAUACAUGUUUUUGAAUAGUUAUUUUGAGAUGUAGGGGCACUUAAAGGGUUAAUUCCGACUUAAGUGGAAAUUCGGGUAGAAAUGAUUCGUAACCCGGGGACUACCUGUAUCUACAAAACCUUUGCAGCACAAACGAUUUUUUAUGUAAAUUUGCAUCUGACGAGGGGCCAACUUCACGUAGGUAUAUUUAAAGAGUUUCACCAGCUUUGAUGAGUUUAGGUUAGUUGAAAUUGUCACAUUGUGGUACGAAAAUGAUGUUUUCUUAAUUCACUUUGGUGGAAUAUUUUAGUUGUUAAGCACAACCCUUCACAGGUACUUCAUGCUUAUAUGAAAUGCAAUAAUAUUCAUGCUGCUCCUUUUAUCGUAAAGGAAACAAAUAUUUUUAAGGUAAGUUCCCGCAAUUGGUAAAAAAAAAAAAUCUAAAUAUAUCUUAAGUCUUAAAUGUUCCACCCAAGUGAUUUAAUUUCCAAAUGGAUGUAUAAUUCUGACUUUUUGUAAAUGUUGAAUCUACUUAGAUUUGUAGCAAUGUGAAUCUGUCUGGGACUGAGUUAUGUGCUUGUUUUUUUGAUGUUGAAAUUAGAUCGUAAGAUUAAUUCCUGCAUAUGUUUGUGUGUAGAAAAUCUUUUGACACGCAAUAGUUUUGUGAAAGGGAGCGCAAAUCAAUUGGAAACCGAGGAUUGAAUGUUUAACUGCUGUUCGACGGCAAUGUGAAGUUUAUCUUCAAAUGUGAUAGAUUACAAUUUUUAUUAGGCAUUUGAUUAUAGACUUAUAUCCUGAGUGCAAUAAAAUACUGCGACAAUAUUUGUUUCUGUGAUUCAAAGAACGGGUAAUAACGCAACUCUUAAUUAGAUUGGAUGCUUCGUUAAGCAACACGAGGACACAAACACUGUCCUUUGUAUUUUUUAUUUUCCUACAGUGAAAAGUACAUUGGGACAUUUCAUUAACCAGCCCGCGAGAAGCGGCCUACAGUGAUCAUACUUAGAAUAAAAAAAAAAUCCAAAGCCAAUAGUUUUGGAGCUGCUCACAAUUCUUUAACAAGCUCCAACUGUGCAUCCUAUAGCAGCAAAUCACCUCUUAAGAGGCUGCAGAUGAUGACUACAAAAGAACCACGUGGUGCUGCAAUGUAGGAUAAAUAUAGAAAGGGGUGCUAACUGCUACAACACAGCAAAGAAGACCUUAACGUUUGAGUUUAUUGGAAGAAGCUGUGUGCGUGUUCCUAAAAUCCUUCAACCCACAACAGCUCAUAACAUUUAAAGAUUUUUUUUGCGUAUUGCAAGAUAUAUAUAUAUAUUUUUUAAAUAUAAAUUUAGUCUGAACCUUAGAGGACUUCAUCCCGCAACUACUUCACAUAAAGGGCCAAAUAUUUCUUAAA